CUAGAAUUAGGUUAGAAUUUGCUGGAUUUAAAUUUCUUUCUUAUUUUGGUUUUAUUUGGAAACGCUCAUUUAUUUUGAAUUAAAAUGACAUAUAAUCUCCCAAAAACCCAUGAGUUUUCUAUUAUCACAUAAAAUAUUCCUUUGUGGAUUGAAGAGAUAUUCAACCAAAAUUAUGAGAUAUUUAAAUGUUGCUGAGAAAAAUGAUGCUGCAAAGGGAAUAUCUGCUAUUCUUUCUAAAGGAGCUUCUAACAGGAGAGAAGGGUUAUCAAAGUACAACAAAAUUUAUGAGUUUGAAGGAACAGUAUUUGGCCAAAGGGCCAAAAUGAUUAUGACAUCCGUAUCUGGACAUCUUUUAAAUUUUGCAUUUCACCCAUCAUUUCGCAAUUGGCAAUCAUGUAAUGCUGCAGAUCUUUUUGAUGCUCCUAUUCAAGAAAUAUGCCUAAACGACAUGGAGAACAUCAAAAAAACUCUAGAAAGAGAAAUAAGAACUUGUGAUGGUCUCAUAUUAUGGACAGAUUGUGAUAGGGAAGGAGAAAAUAUUGGCUUUGAAAUUAUAAGAGUAUGUAAAGAUGUUAAAUCAAAUAUCUCUGUAUAUCGGGCUAAAUUCUCAGAGAUAACUGGACCUUCAAUUUUUAGAGCCUUGUCAACUCUUGGACAACCAAACAAAAAUAUCAGUGAUGCAGUUGAUGUCAGAAAAGAAUUAGAUUUACGAACUGGUGCAGCAUUCACCAGAUUACAAACACUCCGUCUGCAAAAAGCAUUUCCUUCUAAAUUAUCUGACAAAGUUAUCAGUUAUGGAUCAUGCCAAUUUCCAACUUUAGGAUUUGUUGUUGAUCGAUAUUUAUCCAUCGAGAAUUUUAUACCAGAAACUUUUUGGAAAAUCAAAAUGAAUCAUAAGAUUAAAGAUAUGACAACUGAAUUUUUAUGGAAGAGAGAUCGUUUAUUUGAUAAGAAUGCUUGUGAAGCUAUAUUAGACAUUUGUAAAGAGAGCAAUUUAGCUAAAGUUGAGUCAGUAGAAAGUAGAAGCAAAAGUAAAUGGCGUCCCCUACCUCUAGAUACAGUGGAAAUGGAGAAAACUAUAUCGAAGAAACUUAGAAUAAAUGCUAAAACAGCUAUGAGCAUAGCUGAGAAGUUAUAUACCCAGGGUUUUAUCAGUUACCCAAGAACAGAAACCAAUAUAUAUCCGAAGGAAUUAAAUUUAUCCAACAUUGUGGAACAACAAACAAAUGAUGGUAAUUGGGGCCCAUUUGCCCAACGUAUUUUGAACGAAGGGGGUCCAACUCCUAGAGCUGGAAAAAAGUCAGAUCAGGCCCAUCCUCCGAUUCAUCCAACUAAAUAUGCGCCCGGCCUCAGCGGUCAAGAGAAAGCCGUUUAUGAGUACAUUGUCCGACAUUUUUUGGCAUCGGUACAUAAAGACGCACAGGGUUUUGAAACGACCGUAACUGUUGAUUUAGCCGAUGAGAAAUUUACAGCUAAAGGAUUAGUCAUCUUGGAGAAGAAUUAUUUAGAUGUUUACAUCUAUGAAAAGUGGACUGGCAAGGAGAUCAACAAUUAUCAACAGGGAGAAACUUUCACACCAACAACGUUAGAUAUGGCCGAAGGAAAUACAUCACCUCCCAAAUUGUUAACGGAAGCAGAAUUGAUCGCCUUAAUGGAUAAACAUGGGAUUGGUACCGAUGCGACACAUGCCGAACACAUAGAUAAAAUUCAAACUAGGGAGUACGUGGGUUUACACGAAAAUAUGUAUUUCGUACCAGGGACUCUAGGAAUGGGUCUGGUCGAAGGCUAUAACAAUAUCGGGUUGGAGGUAUCGCUGGCAAAGCCCAUUUUGAGGGCGGAAUUCGAAAAUGACCUCAAGCUCAUAUGCGAUGGUGUCAAGGAUGCCGAAGUUGUUAGAAGAGAGCAGGUGGCGAAAUACAGAGCGGUAUUUCAGACGGUUGAGGAUAAGAUUCGGGAAAUCGACAAAAGUUUAGCUAAUCGUUUGGGAGACGCACCGGUUCAAAUUCAGCAAGCACCCGGAGCUGUUCAAGAUUCCUCGAGACCGGUACUGAAAUGUCCGAAAUGUGGUGAUUUUAUGUUUUUCAGAAAUCGAAAAACCGGAGCUGGUAAAUUUUUAACGUGUGGUGCUUAUCCUUCUUGCAAAAAUUCAGCUUGGCCAUCUGCAGUCAUCGAAAGUGUAGAAGUAUUGAAUGAACACUGUAAUAGUUGCGGGCCAGAUACAAAGAAAGUCAAGAUGAAAUUCAGACAGAAUCCUUUGAUCGGGGAACCUAAUCCGACCAUACUUUGUAUAGGAGGCUGUGAUGUGGGUUUAUUAGAAUCUCUAGAUAUUCCUCUAUCUUCGGUGAAACGACAAGCGAAUAGUUCUAAUGUCGAACACAAUGCAAACGGAAGACAACAAAAUACCAAUAGACCUUCACAAAAUCAUAGCAGUGGAAGGCCGAGCAGUAGUUGGCCUUCUCCAAUCCUUCAGACACCAUCCAAUAAUACGGUAAGGAGACCCAGUGAUGUAACACCUGUUCAACAAUAUAAUAGCCCUGUGAUUCAAAAUUCGUCCAAUUCGGAUAUAGUCUGCCUAUGUGAUAAUGCCGCCUCGUUAUUGACUUGUCAGAAUGGACAGAACAAAGGUAGGAAGUUUUACAAAUGUUCGAAUAACGCCUGUGGGUUUUUCCUGUGGCAACCUAAUAGCUCUGCAGCUUCUACUUCGAUGGCUUCGACCAGUAUGGACACAUCAGGCGCUGUUACAGUUAAGUGUAGAUGUAAUCAGCCAGCCAAAUUAUGCACAGUGAUGAAACAAAACGAGAACCAUGGUAGGAAGUUUUACGCUUGUUCUAAACCGCAAUCAGAAAGUUGCAAAUUCUUUCAGUGGGCGGAUAACGUGGAACAAAAUACAAAUAGCGAUUAUCCUUCGGAUGGAGGUGGUGGGGGAGGUAGUUGGAGGGGGGGAAAUAGAGGAAGAGGAGGUGGAACACAUAAUCCAAGAAAUCCUAAACCUAAACCUUACGAUAAGAAUAAUCAACCUAGGGCAAAAAGAAAAUGUGGAAUAUGCGGUCAGGAAGGCCAUACCAGACAACGGUGCCCUAAUUCAUAAGUCAAUUUUUAUAUUUUUGUACAUUAUCUUAAGAAUAAAUUAAUAUUUUAUUGUUA